CACGCGCCGUUCAUUGCGCAUGUGCGUUGCUAAGGGUAGCGCAGGUAGCCGAAGUGGUUUGUGGAGAGAAGCCUGUUGCUGCGGAGGCUGGGAGGAGGGGCCCGAGGCGUGAGGGAAACGGCGAUGAGGGCCGUGUUGACGUGGAGAGACAAAGCGGAGCAGUGUAUCUACGACCUCGCGUUUAAGCCUGAUGGAACUCAACUGAUUCUGGCUGCAGGAAACAGAUUGCUGGUUUAUGACACCUCCGAUGGCACCUUACUUCAGCCCCUGAAGGGACACAAAGACACUGUGUACUGUGUGGCAUAUGCAAAGGAUGGCAAGCGCUUUGCAUCUGGAUCUGCCGACAAGAGCAUCAUUAUCUGGACCUCAAAACUGGAAGGCAUUCUGAAGUACACGCACAAUGACUCUAUACAGUGUGUCUCUUACAAUCCUGUCACCCACCAGCUGGCAUCGUGUUCCUCCAGUGACUUUGGGCUGUGGUCUCCUGAGCAGAAGUCUGUCUCCAAGCACAAAUCCAGCAGCAAGAUCACCUGCUGCAGCUGGACAAACGAUGGUCAGUACCUGGCUCUGGGGAUGGCCAAUGGCAUCAUCAGCAUACGGAACAAAAAUGGCGAAGAGAAAGUGAAGAUCGAGCGCCCUGGGGGCUCCCUCUCCCCAAUAUGGUCCAUCUGCUGGAACCCGUCAAGAGAGGAACAUAAUGACAUCCUGGCUGUAGCUGACUGGGGACAGAAACUUUCCUUCUACCAGCUGAGUGGAAAACAGAUUGGGAAGGAUCGGCCACUGAACUUUGACCCCUGUUGCAUCAGCUACUUCACUAAAGGAGAGUACAUUUUGGUGGGGGGUUCAGACAAGCAGGUAUCUCUUUUCACCAAGGACGGAGUGCGACUGGGGACCGUCGGGGAGCAGAACUCCUGGGUGUGGACCUGUAGAGUGAAACCUGACUCCAAUUAUGUGGUGGUCGGCUGCCAGGACGGCACCAUUUCCUUCUACCAGCUGAUCUUCAGCACAGUCCACGGCCUCUACAAGGAUCGGUAUGCCUACAGGGACAGCAUGACAGAUGUCAUUGUGCAACACCUGAUAACGGAGCAGAAAGUUCGGAUUAAAUGCAGAGAGCUUGUCAAGAAAAUUGCCAUCUACAAAAAUCGAUUAGCUAUCCAGCUGCCAGAGAAGAUCCUCAUCUAUGAGCUGUACUCUGAUGACUCGGCAGACAUGCACUACCGGGUAAAGGAGAAAAUUGUCAAGAAGUUUGAGUGCAACUUGCUGGUGGUGUGUGCUGACCACAUCAUCCUGUGCCAGGAGAAGCGGCUACAGUGCCUGUCCUUCAGUGGAGUGAAGGAGAGGGAAUGGCAGAUGGAAUCUCUCAUUCGCUACAUCAAGGUGAUCGGUGGCCCUGCCGGAAGAGAAGGUCUGUUGGUAGGCCUGAAAAACGGCCAGAUCCUGAAGAUCUUUGUGGACAAUCUCUUUGCUAUUGUCCUGCUGAAGCAGGCCACAGCCGUGCGCUGCUUGGACAUGAGUGCCUCCCGGAACAAGCUGGCUGUGGUGGAUGAAAAUGACACAUGCCUGGUGUACGACAUCCACACGAAGGAGCUGCUUUUCCAGGAACCCAACGCCAACAGUGUGGCCUGGAACACCCAGUGUGAGGACAUGCUCUGCUUCUCGGGCGGAGGCUACCUCAACAUCAAGGCCAGCACCUUCCCAGUGCACCAGCAGAAGCUGCAGGGCUUCGUGGUGGGCUACAACGGCUCCAAGAUCUUCUGCCUUCAUGUCUUCUCUAUGUCUGCCGUGGAGGUGCCACAGUCUGCUCCGAUGUACCAGUACCUUGAUAGGAAGAUGUUCAAAGAAGCAUACCAAAUUGCUUGCUUGGGAGUGACAGACACUGAUUGGCGUGAACUGGCCAUGGAAGCCCUAGAAGGACUAGAGUUUGAAACAGCAAAGAAGGCCUUCACCAGAGUCCAGGACCUUCGAUACCUAGAACUGAUCAGCAGUAUUGAGGAGAGGAAGAAGAGGGGAGAGACCAACAAUGACCUGUUUCUGGCAGAUGUGUUUUCCUACCAGGGGAAGUUCCACGAGGCCGCCAAACUGUACAAGAGGAGCGGGCAUGAGAACCUCGCCCUCGACAUGUACACUGACCUCUGCAUGUUUGAGUAUGCCAAGGAUUUCCUCGGAUCUGGAGACCCUAAAGAGACAAGGCUGCUCAUUACCAAGCAGGCUGACUGGGCCCGGAACAUCAACGAGCCCAAAGCUGCUGUGGAGAUGUACAUCUCAGCCGGCGAGCAUGCCAAGGCCAUAGAGAUCAGCGGCAGCCAUGGUUGGGUCGACAUGUUGAUAGACAUUGCUCGGAAGCUGGACAAGGCUGAGCGGGAGCCCCUGCUCAUGUGUGCUUCCUACUUUAAGAAGCUGGACAGCCCUGGCUAUGCUGCUGAGACCUACCUGAAGAUUGGGGACCUGAAGUCCCUGGUGCAGCUGUAUGUGGACACCAAGCGCUGGGACGAGGCCUUCGCUCUAGGUGAGAAGCACCCUGAGUUCAAGGAUGACAUCUACGUGCCCUAUGCGCAGUGGCUAGCAGAGAAUGACCGCUUUGAGGAAGCCCAGAAAGCCUUCCACAAGGCCGGCAGGCAGGGAGAAGCAGUCCGGGUGCUGGAGCAGCUCACGCACAAUGCUGUGGUGGAGAGCAGGUUCAACGACGCUGCCUAUUACUACUGGAUGCUGUCCAUGCAGUGCCUCGACAUGGCUCAAGCAGAUCCCGCACAGAAGGAUGUGAUGCUUGAGAAGUUCCACCAUUUCCAGCAUCUGGCCGAGCUGUACCACGGCUAUCAAACCAUUCACAGAUACACGGAGGAGCCAUUCAGCUUUGAUCUCCCCGAAACCCUCUUCAACAUCUCCAAGUUCUUGCUGCACAGCCUGACCAAGGCCACCCCCUUGGGCAUCUCCAAAGUGAAUACCCUCUUCACGCUGGCUAAGCAGAGCAAGGCUCUGGGUGCUUACAAGCUGGCCCGACAUGCCUAUGACAAGCUACGGGGGCUGCAGAUCCCCGCCAGGAUCCAGAAGUCCAUUGAGCUGGGCACCCUGACCAUCCGCUCCAAGCCCUUCCACGACAGUGAGGAGCUGGUACCCUUGUGCUACCGCUGUUCUACCAACAACCCACUGCUGAACAACCUUGGCAACGUCUGCAUCAACUGCCGCCAGCCCUUCAUCUUCUCCGCCUCUUCCUAUGAGGUGCUGCACCUGGUGGAAUUCUACCUGGAAGAGGGGAUCACUGACGAAGAAGCUGUUGCCCUCAUCGAUCUGGAGGCACCGAGACACAAGAGGGAGGGCAAAUGGCGGGAGACCUCAAGCAACAAUUCCCAGACGCUGAGGCUGGAUGAGACCAUGGACUCCAUAGGAGAAGAUGACCCAUUUACAGCCAAGUUGAGCUUUGAGCAAGGCAGCUCCGAGUUUGUGCCUGUGGUGGUGAACCGCUCGGUUCUACGCUCCAUGAGCCGGAGGGACGUGCUCAUCAAGCGCUGGCCCCCGCCGCUGCAGUGGCAGUACUUCCGCUCGCUGCUGCCUGACGCCUCCAUCACCAUGUGCCCUUCCUGCUUCCAGAUGUUCCAUUCAGAGGACUAUGAGCUGCUGGUGCUCCAGCAUGCCUGCUGUCCUUACUGCCGAAGACGCAUCGAUGACACCAGCCCGUGAGCAGCGACGGCCUCUAGGACCGCCUGCUCCCAUGGUCCCCAGACUGUUGGAGAGAAAGAAUUAAACCUUCAGAACACGUCUCCUUCCCAGAUGAAGUUUGUAUGUUGGGGAGGGGCCUUGCCUUGGGUAACCACAGAUUUCCUAUUUAUGGCAUUUCAGUCCUUGUAAAUAGCACCAGGAGACAGGGAAGAGAACUCACAUAUAUUUUCUAAGAAAAAAAAUGUGUUACUUUUAGAAGGGCUCAUGCGUUCGCAGCAGCCUGCUGGAGUCCGUCGAUCUGUCAGACCGUUACCGUGCACAUUUGCCAACAGAUUGCCUCAAUAACGACAAUAAAAGGGCUACUCGUUUUCA